GAAUGAUGAUUUUUGCAACGAAAUUCGUCCACGUUUCAAUCGUCCUAACCAUUGCAUGCGGUCGGUAUGUGACGUGUGCCGAUGCCGAUCUCCAGCAGGCCUUCCGCAUCACACCGAACGACAUCGAGGCGGUCCAGGGUGACGAGGUGGUGUUGCGCUGCGAGAUAGAACACCUCGCCGGCCGGGUCCAGUGGACGAAGGACGGGUUUGCGCUGGGCUUCAGUAAUGAAAUCGUCGGCUACCCGAGGUUUUCCCUCAACCAGAACCACAGCGACGGUGUCUACAAUCUGCGGAUCACCAAUACCUCCUACGACGAUGCGGCCCUGUACCAGUGUCAGGUUGGGCCGGCCAAACACAACCAUCCAAUUAGGGCGCAGGCCAAGCUGACCGUCGUCGCUACAUCUAAGGACUUUCACGGCAAGUAUAAUCGAAAUUAA